AUGAAGAUCGAGACGAUCAUGCUGGGCAAGGUUCUUACAAACAGCAAGGGCGGUCGCUUUAUCCCGCUGCGUACGGAGGGCGGCAGCGAUGCGCCCACAUGGAGAAGUGAGUGGCUCCGGGUACUGUGGAACCCAUCCAGCUUUGGCGACCCCGAGGCGGUGCGCGUGGCCCUGUGCCUGGAGCCCGACGACGCCGCCAAGACCUUCUUCCGCGAAACGGAGGAGCGGGUGACCAAGGCGCUGUCGGAGCACUCUCUGCACGACACCCGCAUCUUCGGCAAGCCCCUCAAACCAGAGGAGGUGAAGGAGCGGAUGGCCAGCGCUGUCAAGACCAGCACACGCGGCACGGAGUUCCUCAAGUUGAAGCUCCACUACGACAAGGUGCGUUUUUGGGGACCGCAGGGCGAGGAGCUGCCGACGCAGCAGUGGGACCUGCAGGGUUGCCUAUGUAAGGUCCACGUGGAGCUGCGCCAGGUGUUGCUCAUGACCUCCCAGUGCGGCGUGCUGGCCGAGGUGACUGACGUGAUGCUGCAGCAGUGCGAGGCGCCGAAGCCGCAGUCUUGGGCGCAGCAGCGCGAGAGCAUCCGGCGGGCCGUGGAGGCGGGCGUCUCCGCGCACACCUCCCCGCAGGGCUCGGAGCUCCUGCGUCUCCAAAACGCCCAGCAGCUCCUGCUCGCCCGGCCGGACGGGCAGCCCACGCGCGCAGGAUCCUUCUACUACCAGCUGGUCGGGAGGCGCCCGCCUUCCCGGCGCUUCAACGAGGCGCAGCCGCUCGUGCGCGACGGCCCGAAUGACUACGUUGUUUUGAGAAGCGGCGCCAAGAAACUGGCGCGUAGCCUCCAGCCCGACGGCAGCUACCGCGUCACGAAGCUGGGCAAGGCCUUCUUUCGUGAGAAAUGGACUGACUACAUUGCGCACGCUCCCGUGAGGAUCCGCGGGAGACGACGAGGGGGGCAGGCCUACCAGAGGGACGACUUCCUGCCCGUGGUCCUGGAUGGUCUGGGGCGGCAGAACGACGGGUUGGGUGAGGUGCAGGCGCACCGAAACGUGAUCGCGGCCGCGCUCCGCAAGCUGGGAAACCCCGAGGACGGCGACGUGAUCAUGGAGCUCUCUGACGAGACCUACCACUACGACGCCUCGCGGGACUGGGGCGUCUCGAAGCAGACGAUGCAGGUGGCGCAGAACCAGGUGAACACGGAGGUGACGCUGCGCCAGCCCCUGGGCGCGCUGCGGUACCAGCUCUUCAGGGGCUCGGAGGUCCUGGAGAGCGCCUUCGAGGAGCGCGACGACAGGCUCUGCGUGGUGCGCCAGGUCUCGGAGCUGCUCCAGCUGCCCUUCGAGGAGGUCUACUCGGAUUUCGACGCGAUCUGCCCCAAGGGCUGGGAGCGCAGGGGCGUCACCGGCAAGGAGAUCCGGCAGUUCUGCGAGUGGCGCAAGGCGCCCCUGUUCAUCGUGAACUGCCGAGGGCAAAUGGUCGACUGCUACGAGCCGCCCGUGAAGGAGGAGCGAGCACUGGCGUUGUGCGGUCGCGACCACGCCUACUUCUACAAGAGCGCGCGGGCCGUGGCCUGGUGCGACGGGGAGCCACGAGACACUCCGAGCUACCGAGGCGAGCGACGGCAGUCCACCGUGCCGCCCUUCGGCGAGUGGCAGGAAUGGUUGGGCACCCUCGAGCCAGGGCACUACUGGGCCAAGGACCUGCGCGUCGCGCGCUCUCGCCUGCUCGCGGAGGGCCACCAGCCCAAGGUGGUCCUGCGGGGGCUCGUGGAGUGGCGCUACCUGCGGCUGCGCGUGCGGGGGCAGGGAGACUGUAUCAUUCACGAGCAUCCCGAGGACGCGGAGGUGCUGGACGCGUGGAUGGGCAAGCUGGGCUUUGUCUACCGCGGGCAGCGACUCGCGGGCGCGGCGAGCGAGGUCUUCGCAGCGCUCCUGAAGGCGCGCCGGGAGCGGGGCGACGUGCAGCGACUGCUGCAGGAGCAGCGGGGAGCCUGCGCGCUCUGCGCCGCGCCCAUCGACGCGGGCAGCUGCGAGGCCCUGUGCCUGGAGUGCCACCGCGCGAAGACGUUCCUGGAGUGCUCCCACGCCACGACCCUGGAGAGCCGCUUCUGCCGCCACGUCUACGAGAGCUACGCAUGCUCCCCGCGCCUGCCCCCGCUCGUGUGCGGGCUGUCGAAGUGUAACCCCGACAAAUUGUGCCAGGGAGUGGACGUGGUGCGGUGUCGGAAAAACGCGCUGGCCAACGCCCCCUUCCCGCUGCCCGUCUUCUGCCCGCUGGACAGUAUCCGCCCGGCGGAGGAGGGGCAGCUGGCAGACCUCACCUUCGUGCGGAAGCGCGAGGACAAGCGCGCGGGGUUUUUGGCGCGGCUGCCCUACGUCGGCCCGGGCUGGUACGGGAAGCCGGCGGUGGCCUACAUGCUCGACGCGGGCCUCGCGAAAUGGGCGGAUUUCGAGUGGUCGCUGGAGGCCACGGCCCACGUGGCGCCCGACUGCCUGGCGCGGGCGCUGGAGAUCAUGGAGACGGCCUGGCCGGAGGGGAAGGAGCACUUCGCGAAGCUGAGCGUGAACGCGCUCAUCGGGCUGUGGGCGCGCUCCAAGGACGUCUACUACUCCAUGAGAACGAGCAGCCACGAGGCGGACGCCUGGGGCUCCCAGUUCCUGCAGGUCUUCUUCGACGCCGCGGGCGCCUGCCACUACGACCACGUCUACGCCACGGAGCUCUUCACGAACCGCUCCACGCGCCCGGCGCACGACUUCGUGAUGGCCUCCGAGUACGUGGCGAUGGCGAGGAUCCACCGCGCGCUGCGGGAUGUGCCUCCCCGCCACCUGGUGGCGCUGAAGACCGAUUGCCUCGUGUACCAGAGCCUGCCGAAAAAGUUCCUCCCCGCCAUGGAGGCGCUCACACGGCAGCGGCAUCGGGACGGCACGCCGAAAUUUCGGUUUGAAGAGGUAAAGCGGUUGGGGGGAGACUACCGAGAGCCGCGGCUGGAGACGGAGCCGCCGCCGAGGCAGGAGCCCUGGAGGCACGUGGAGGACCCCGUGGCGCACUGUCUCGACGGGGAGAGCCUGCUGCUGCUGCUCUCCGGCAUGCCGGGCACGGGGAAGACGCAUUUGGCGAGGCGGAUCGUGGCGCAGCUCUCGGCGCAGGGCGAGGACGUGACGCUCAUCUCGAAGACACACUGCAGUGUGCAGAACCUGGGCCUGGGGGCGCAGACGGCGGACCUCUGGGUGCGGCGCACCAUCCGCGCGGGCCGCUGCGCGCUGGACUGGCUCGUGGUCGAGGAGGUCACGCAGCUCGACGUGGGGCUGUGGGCCGACAUCGCUGAACUGUCGACGAACCGACGGGUGCGCUUCCUGCUGCUGGGCGACUUCCGGCAGCUGCCCGCGGUGCAGGACGCCUUCGGGGGCUCGCAGGUGCUGCGCUCGCUGAAGGAGUCGCAGCUGCUGCACGACCUGGCGGGCGGCUGCGUGCACGAGCUCACGGAGAACCGGCGCAGCGACGAGACGAUCUUCCGCUUCCUGCAGUGGCUGCGCGUGGACGAGCCCGAGCAGGCGCCGCUGCGGGAGGCCGUGCAGGCGGCCCGGGAGCGGUUCCCGCGGCGGGGCCACCCCGACACCUGCCUCGUCAUCUCCCACGCCCACAGGAUGGCCAUCAACGACCGAGAGAACAAGAGGCUGGCCCCGUCGGAGGGCGCGCUGGUCGUGGAGCACCGGGCGCCUCAGCAGGUGGCGGAGGAGCGGAUCUCGCUGGACGACGGGCAGAGCUUCACGCCCGCGGAGCUGCUGCGACACACGCGCCUCUGCCACGCGAUUACCUACGCCUCGUGCCAGGGCCUCACGCUGCGGGGGAGAGUGUGGCUCUGCGACGCCGACAACCCGCACUUUUCCGUAAAACACCUCGACGUGGGGGCGUCGCGGGCCACGAGCGCGGAGCUGCUCAGC